AUGAGAACAUUAAAAUCGACAUCAUUAUAUCUACAAAGGCCCCAUAUUAAGCGGCAUGUCUCAUCUUCAAAACCGACUAGUACGUCGACAAUAGACGUAGGAUAUGAUGAGACAAGACAAAGAGCAAAGAUAGCCGCAAUGAAGAAAGAACGACCGUUCAGCAGCUUUCUGACCGACACAUUCAACCGACAACACACCUAUCUACGUAUUUCAGUGACUGAACGAUGUAACUUAAGGUGCACGUAUUGUAUGCAAGCAGAAGGCAUUGAUCUAACUCCUUCCGACAAAUUACUCUCUUCCGACGAGACUAUCUUUCAGGGCGUCACAAAGAUACGCUUGACUGGAGGGGAGCCAACUAUACGCAGAGACAUUGUUGAUCUAGUCGGAGAACUCAAUAAGCUCAAACCGCUUGGUCUACUGUCCGAGAAGCAACUGUUGGAAAUCAUUGAAAUCGCAGUCAAAAACAAGAAACAGCACACAGGGCAAGAUGGUAACUCCGCCUCGGUGUCAACCGAUUCUAAUGAUAACAGUAUGGGACGUGAUAUGCCUUCUUUGGACAUAUUAUGUCAGUCGGCCUCCCCAGAGAAGAACGACACUCCAGGAUCAGACUGCAUAUCUGAUAAAGAUGUUGAACCUCCUUGCCGACAAGAUUUCAAAGAUGGAGACAAAUACGCAGGCUCGUCCAACCACAAUCAACCUCACAUUUUCAACUCGGAAAGGGAAGAUUGCAAGAUACAUGUUCGGAGCAUCGAUUCGCGGUGGGACAGCACAAACGAAACAAGAAAAAAUGCUGAUAUUCAUAAACAACAAAAAGGCAACAGAGGCGAGAGUGCAAACGAUACCAGCGUUGAAAUGGUGUCUUUCGAAUGUUGUCCUAACCAAGAAAGAAUCUCUGCUUUGCAAGAAUCCUUGGGGCAACUGCUCCGAGUCGGUGCCUUGGUGGGCACUAAGUGGACAACGGAAAACCCAAAAACACUGUGUCAUCUUGUACAGCCGGACGAUCAACCUGAAGCGUUUAACGAAUCAAAAUCCAUGUAUCAAGUGUCAGCGGGUGGCGGACACGAUGGAUCGCAAGGGUCUCGCAGUAGUCUGCCUAUUAUAGUCGAAACGAUUGCAAAUGAAUCUAACCGUCACCAUGUUGCAACCUCUGUUGGCUAUGAGAUUGAUAGCAAAGUACCUCCAAAAGAUCUUAUCUGUUAUAUAGAGGAUGUUAGACGAUAUGGAUUUGACCACGUCAUCAUUAUUGGGGAACGUCUCUACGGAAUGCUUUUUAUGGACUGUUAUGGUCGCGUGUUCGAUUGGGACUCUAUGAGUGAUUUGUUAUGGCCACGUGGGGAUUAUUUGAAAGAAGCGACAAAGAAAUUUGAGCCUAACUCUAUAGGAUGGGGUGUAUCGGAAGAUGGGACUGUAUUUGAGAUUCGUCAAGCGAACAUAAUGUCAACCCUGUUGCAAAGAAAGACAAAAGAAGAGCUCAAAAAAGAAGAAACGUCAGUAAUGUGGGGUUUUUUAUGUUUUGAUCAAGUGCAACGCGUUUUCCCGGAAUUUUAA